UCUAUGAGAAGAAGCCGCGAAGAGAAGGAAAGAUCGCGAAAAUUGUUGUGAUAAAUGAGGUAUAAUCAACUUUUACAGGGAUAGGUGAUUAUUGGGUACCAUAUUGUCGGUUCCUCAAUCACUAAGUUGUUAAACUUUUCUGCUCGUGACGAAGGGGAAUUCCAAAGUUAUAAUAUGUGAAGGAGAAACAAUUUUCGUGAAUCUUGGGGUCAUUGGAGUGCAGUGAAAGAAGUAUUUAAAAAUAAAAGAAAAAUAAAUAAAUAAAAUUGAGUAAAUGUGAGUGUGUAAAAAUAUAUAUAACACGGAGAAACGGAAGACAAAGAGAAAAAAGAAAAACAAGGUCAGAAAAUUGUGUGAAAAAGUGCGGGAGUUGUUACAAAUAUAAAGAAAGAAAAGAAGAAUAGUGAUCUCCAAACCCAAAGUGAUUUUUAGAAUUUUAAGUACCUCUACACACACCCAAAAUUAGAAAUAACAGAAAAUAAACUAAAUUUAAACAAAAAAAAGUGAUAGAAGGGAAUGGUGUAUUUGGUGGAUAGUUGGGGAAUGGGAGAUUCUGAUUGUGCACCAUAUCAUAAGCAUGGUCCAAAAAUACAGCAACAUCACACGAGCUUCCACCAGCAGCAGCAGCAGCAACAGUUGCAUGAGAAGCAACAUUUGGUGUCUGGUGUGAAGAAUGAUCGUGUCAAGGCGUCGAGAUCACAAUUAGCGGUCAGUGAUGUUGCCAAUGAGAAGGACGAAAUUGCCAUUCAUCCACUCACGAAUCAGGUCGGAGGACACACGCGACUACUGUUGCUGAAUCAGAGUACAGUGAUAAAGCCACUAAAUAUUCGUGAAUUGGAUUUCUAUCAGAACAUUCCUGAAGAUGUUCAAAUGUUUGUUCCCAAAUAUAAAGGUGUUCUCCAGGCAACAACAACGGGUGGCAUGAAAUUCGACAAGAGAUACUCCCCGAGCUUUCGGGAUGAAUCCACCCGGAAGAAUGGUGGUGGAGCAACUAAAAGGAAGCGUGAAGAUGUUCUACGGAUGAAAAUACAUAAAAAUGGAAAUGCUGCAGAUGUUAUAAAAAGUAUUUCACAUAUAGACAACUCCAACAAGCAAUACUAUCUCAUGCUGGAGAACAUUACGUCGCAAUUCCAACAACCGUGCAUCUUGGACCUGAAAAUGGGUACACGGCAGCACGGGGACGAUGCCACGGCGGAGAAGAGGACGAAGCAAAUGGCAAAAUGUGCUGCCAGCACAUCGGCAUCCCUGGGUGUGCGCUUGUGUGGCAUGCAGGUGUACCAGGCGCGCUUCGAUGAGUACAUGAAGAAGGACAAGUACUUCGGGCGGGAGCUCAAUGAGGAUGGCUUCAAGCAGGCCCUAAGCAAUUUCUUCCACAACGGAUGCGUCCUGCGUACGUCGGUCAUCAUGAAGGUGAUCCAGAGGCUAACGCAGCUAAGGCGUGUCAUUGAAAAGCAAUCAAGCUACAGAUUUUACUCUUGCUCCCUGCUGAUUGUGUACGAAGGUAGCGAUGAGGUACCAUCAAUUGAUCCAAUGGAUGCAUGCUAUUCCCUUGAAAAUUGCUGCAUUGACCCGGAAGAGUCAACACCAUCGUGCUGCUACGAUGCUGAUGCUUCGACGGAUUCGGUUGAUCUUAAUUUAUCAUCAUCGCACGAGGAUGAGCAUAGUGGGGAUAAUGUGUCGUCACAGGGGAAAGUCUCAGCGGAUCUCCAUCAUCGCGGGUUCGGUGAAGCAGCAGCGAGGGGAUCAUUUAUUCCAUUCUCCGAGGAUGCCCUCGAUUCCAGUGGGGAUCAAUUGAUUGACAGCUCAAGUCCAACGUCCAAUGAUUCAUGGAUGAACUACAGUAGCCACAGUAGUGAUGACUAUUCCUUCCUCAUUGAUGACCACGAUGAUGAUGAUGAUGAUGUGGAUUCAUCGUCGGCAGGUGGGAAGAAACGUGGGUCACCGCUGAAGAAUAAGCGCAACAGGGAAGAGCUGCAGUUCCACCAGGAACUCGAUGUGGACGAUGAGGCGGCGCGUGCUGAGGGUGUGCGUGGUAUCAUGGAGACGCCCAAACGGUGCCGGGAGCCAUCCCAAUCACCGCUUGUGGAUGUUAGGAUUAUUGAUUUUGCGCACACGACGUUCGUGAGGAAGAACAGCACGGGACUCGUGGUGAAUGGCCCAUCGUCCUCGAUGGCUGUCCACCAUGGCCCUGACUGUGGCUUCCUCACGGGCUUGGAUAGUCUCAAGCGCCUCCUCAUGGAGAUUGUCAAUGAGGAUCACUGACCCCGGCGUCCAGAUGUUUUCCGUGUGGCUUCCUUCUGAACACACACAAACACACAAAUUUUUCUUUUGUGUUAAAGCACGUCCUUUUGUGAUCAAAACGUGCUCGAUAAAUCAUCUAAUUGUCAUUGAUGAUGAAUUAAUUGUGAAAAAAAAAGAGAAAGAAAGUAGCUGUGGGGAAUUUUAAGGUAUUGAAAUUUGCAGAAUUGUUGUUUUUUUCGGAAAUGUUUCAUGAAAUAUUUCAAUUGACAGAUUUUCUUCAAAUGACUAUUUAUGAUUUUUUUUUGUUUGAAUUAAUAAUUUGUUUUAAAAAUGUAUUUCAGAUUUUUAAAGGUAAAUACGAAGAAAUUCCUUUAUUUUUUUUUGACUGAAAAAUUUUUGACAUUUCUUUGACAGUUGCUUUGUUCAAAUGUCAAAAUUCUUUUUCUUUUAAAAUUUUGUAUUGUUUUUUUUAGUAGUCAAUACUCCUAUUUUUUCAUUUCUGAUAUUUUUUGUAGUAAUUCUUUUAUGUUUUUGACAGAAGGUAAUUGACAUUUGACAGAUGCCUUGAUGAAAUGUCAAAGUGCUGUCAUUGUUUAUUUGAUUUUUAACGUUAAAGUUGAUUUUCAGUGCUCGAUAUUCUUUUUUCAGGUAAUUUUUGUUGUUAUUCUCCUUUAAAAAUGUUUUUGAUUAUUUUCAAAAAGCAUUAAUGGUUAACCCUUUGGCUAAUUCGAGGUGAAAGGUGAGAUUUAAUAUUAUGAUGGAGUCUUUUGGAGAAAAAAAAAUCGUUCAUAACAAACCCAGUUAGUCACUAAAAAGUGAUUUUUUUGCAGUAAUAGUCAGUCAAAAGUCUCCGCAAAUGAUUGUUAAAUCUCAUAAACUUUCAAAAGGAAAAUAAAAAGUUAACACAGAAGUGAAUUAAAAUAUUAUUAGGUUAAUUUUCAGCAAUAUUUCAUGAAAUAUUUCCAAAAAGAAAUUAAAAUUAAAAUUUUGUAUUCCUUUUGCAGCAAAUUUAGCCACAAAAACAUACAAUUAAAUUGUAUAGAAAAAAUAAUUUUUCGUGGCAAUGAAAAACCACGACACGCAAAGAAAAUCCCAGUGAUUUACUAUGCAUUUCUAGAGCAUAAAACAUGUGCGAGAAAGAGAAUGAAUAGAAUUUGUGAGAGAGAGAGAGAGAAAAAUGUGAAAAAAUGGUAUUUUUUUAGGAUUAAUUGAAAGAUAAUUUAAAGAAACAAAUACGUUUGAUUUUCUUUUUUUUUUUUUUUUUUUCAAAAAAAAUCUAUUCCUUCACUGAACCCUGAAGGUGCAAUUCUUUUGGUGUCUACUUAAUAAAAAAAAUGAACAUUUUAUCUAAUUAUUCUAAAAUACCUCAAAAUGCUCUUUUUGUUGUCAAACAACGUUUUUUCUUGCAAAACUUGAGGUAUUUUGACAAACAAAAAAUUAACUUGAGAAAUUUUCUUUUUGUAAUAAAUAAAAUUUCUCAUAUUUUCCAUAUUUUCACGUGGAAAAAAAUGUAUCAUAAUUUAUUGAAAAGUAUAAGAUAAACAAAAAACAAUAGUGAAGAAAAAAAAACUUGAGGACAAAAAAUGUGACAGAUUCAUAGAAUAUUUUUCAAAGAAAAUUGUAGUUUUAGUGUUGAGAAAUUAUGAGAAAAAAAAACGUCGUAUAGCUGAAAACAUUCCAAGAAAAAAGUUGUUCAGCACGUUGAAUAUUUAAUAAUUGAGUAAAAAAAAACAAAAAGUUAAAGUUCUUUUUCAGUAGAGUUAUUAAAUGCCUCAUUAGGGGAUAAGAAACAAGUAAAAAAAAAAGAAGAAGAGAACGUAGAAUUUGCCGAAUGAAUGUCUUGAGAGGGAGAUGGGGGUAAACUCUAUACCAGUAUUCUUGAUAUAGAAUUUUUGUGAAUGAGAAAAUUUAAUGCAAAAUAAAUGAGCUAAUGGGAUCACGGUUAA